AUGGUCCAACGAACCCCUCCUCAGGUCCUCUACGAGGUCCCUGCAAUCAACGUCUACCAUCUUGCCAGUGGAAAUGAGACUCGUCUGAAUGAAGUUCCCGCUCCGCUGACUAUGUUGAUGGUCUCCACUACAAUCGUCGAUCCAUUUGCUGAGACCCCUACCGAAGAAGAGGACUUCUACCUGCACGUCCAGCAACUUCCAAACCUCGACCUACCACUUCCUGCCACCACAAAAAUAUUCCGCCAAUACCCUCGAUCCUACCUUAUUCCACGCCUGGACCUCGAUGGCGGUCUAGGGAACUGCUUCACACGCAUUGAAUUUCUAGAACAUAGAAGCCAAGAUGACAUCGAUACAUUUGAAACAAUCCUGGCGCAGUGUACUGCUUUCUUAGAAAAUGCAAAGCCGCCACAGCUUGACCAACAACAGAGGUCGAGGUCGAGGAGUCCUGCCCCUGUCCCAAUUUAUAGUGCUCCAGGAGGCUCGGCAGAUGGGUAUUAUGGAUAUAAUGGAGCCAGUAACAAUGAGAAGAGCUCAUCCUCUUCAAGGUCGAAACAGAAAGGUGCUACUACCAGGGAUCUGGGAGGAUCAGCUGCUGGUGGGUAUGUUCCUGGGAGUGGGGCAAUGGCUGGCGAACAGUACGGCUAUGGCGUCCCUACAAUGUCAGCUCCAGAUCGUGCACCACAAGGUGGACGAUUAGUUCUCGUCGAUGAGCAGGAUGGUAGAAUUGUGGGAGAGCUCAGUGAAGGGUUUAAUGUUGUAGAAAGCCAGGGUGUACAGCCCGGUAGCAAAGCUCCUGUCGAGGUCUCCCUUCCCACGGAUCCAAACUCUCACGAUUUGGUUAUUAAACCGGUUACCCCGAUUAAUCAUGACGAUAUUUUUGGUGCCGCUGAGCAUCCUGCGUAUUCAAGCUCUACUAUCGUCUCAAGGGCUGCCUGGGCCUCCAAAUUCAUCGUUACGGCCGCUACAUAUGCGGCAACAGCUAUGGAGAGUGGUGCGCAAAAGUUCACGCAGAAAACAAAUCCUGUCGCCGAGCCAUUAACCUUCAACCCUACAACCCACGAACGAGUCCGUAAGAUCCAUACAUUUACACACGGCGCUAGUGGAAUGUCAUCAAAGACAAUCGGAAAAGUUCAGGAAGUUGCACAAAACAUCGGCGCCAAGAUGGCGGGUAAAGUGGAUAGAGAAGGCAACGAGCUCCAAAAGAAAGUUCCAACCAAGCCAGGAUUGUUGAAUAAGAGCUUGAUUGCAUUUUCGACUCUGGCGGAUGGUAUUGAUGCCGCUGGGAAGCACUUACUCCAUAGUGGAAGUAAUGCUGCUACAACAGUUGUAAAACACAGAUACGGCGACGAGGCCGGACAAGUGGCUUAUGGUCUUACUUCAUCUGUCAAGAACGUGGGUCUAGUGUAUGUUGACGCAACCGGUGUAUCUCGUCGUGCUGUCGUUAAAUCGGUUGCAAAGGGUAUGGUGCUAGGAAAAGUCAAAGGUGGUGGCCAGUUGGUUGCUGCAUCGGAUGGUGGACAUGGGAAUAUCGUUUACCCGCCUGAGAAGAAUGAAAGCCAACAGACAUUGUGGGUACCUCAAGGUAGCGUGGCUGGAGGAAGUAGGCCUACGACCCCGCAGCCCUACCCGCUUCAGCACUCUGCUACCGCUCCUCCGGGUUAUACCCCGCAGCAGUAUCCACCGCAGAACCAGAACGGGGGAAGUUGGGGCGGAUUCGGGAGGUCAAGCAGCUAUGAGGGGCAGCAACAGGGGCAGCAACAAGGGCACCCACAGAAACCAAAUGAUAAUUGGUUCUAA